GUGAUUGUUGAUGUGUCUUGUCAAAAGUCAGCGAUCUGCUGAGUCUGUAUAUCCGUAAGCGUACGGGAUAAUGAAAUAGCGACAAGGUCACCAUGCAGUUCCUGGGCCGUAUCCUGGACACGGUGAGCUCCGUGUCGACUCUGUUCUCCAACCCGUACCGUGUGAGAGAUGUGCAGCUGUCGGAUUAUAAUGGCAAAGUGCUACUGAAACAGGAGGGCAGGCUGGUCCUGUACAAGAACCAACAGAGCCAUUCAUGGGACUGCCUGCUUCUCUGCCCCGAGACUUCAUCUGUGGCUCUGAGGAUGUUCCAGGUAGCUUCAGAGGAAGACGCCAUGAAUUGGUUUCCUCAGUAUGCCCUCAAACUCCGCCCAUUUUAUGAGAUGCUCCGCCCACCGCUGAAACCUGAAAUGUUCCAGCCAAUCGUGGACUGCGUGCGGAAUCACCCCGACUGGAGCUCGGCUCACAUCGCCGUAUAUACUGGACUGAGAGACUGUCUCAAACACAAUUACGUUUUGAGUCAGAUGAACGCCCGUGACGCCCAGGGUCAGACCCCGCUGCACCUGGCGUGCGAGAGAGGAGAUGUGGGCUGCGUACGCGAGCUCCUGAAGGAGUGUCAGGCUCGCACAGACAUCAAGGACAAGAAUGGAGAGACGCCCAUGCACUGCGCUGCUAAACAAGACUCUGCUGUUAUUAUAGAGGUUUUGUGUGCACAGAUGUGCGUGGGUAUGAACGAGUUGAACGCCGCCGGGGAAACACCAAUGCACAUUGCAUGCCGUCUCGGGAGGGUCGAGGCGGUCAAGGGCCUGGUUGGGGGCGGAGCCUGCUGUGACGUCAUGGGAAGCAAUGGCUAUCCGAUCCACACCGCCGUGAAGUUUAGUGAGAAAAGUUGUGCCGAAGCAAUUUUAAACACCAACCCAAAUCAACUUCUGGCGGAGGAUCCGAUUUACGGCGGAACGCCUCUUCACUGGGCCAAGACUGCCGAGAUGAGCCGUGUGCUGCUGGACCGAGGAUGUAACGUCAACUACCUGAGCAAGACCGGAGAGAGUCCAUUACACAUCCUGACCAAGAGGGGGCGCUUUGAGGCCGCAAUGACGCUGCUGACCCACGGAGCCGACCCCAACAUUAAGGGUCAGGAUGGAAACACAGCACUGCACCUCGCCAUGAAGUAUGCUGAAGGGCCCAACCGUAAGGUGCUCUUGAACAUGCUGUUUAGUGUAGGGGCCGAGCGGUGCCACCCCCCCUCCCUCAACAGCCCUAUCCUCAGUGUCAACAAAGCUCCGCCUCCUGGCAUAGGGUUUGAUGACAUCUUGAAUGUGGCAGUAGCUGUGACGGCCAUGAGUCGUGGAUUUGCAGAGGUUGAUGGGCUCAAGACAGGAAGCAAGAAAAUGGACAGAUUGCUGUGUCUAGACGGUGGAGGAAUAAAGGGACUGGUUCUGAUCCAGAUGUUGAUCGCUUUGGAGAAGGAGGCAGGACGGCCCAUCAGGGAACUCUUUGACUGGGUGUCUGGGACUAGCACUGGCGGCAUACUGGCCCUAGCAAUUGUACACGGUAAAUCGAUGGAGUAUCUGCGCUGUCUGUACUUCAGGAUGAAAGAACAGGUAUUUAAAGGUUCUCGACCGUAUGAGUCUGGCCCUCUGGAGGAAUUUCUCAAGAAUGAGUUCGGAGAAAAUACCAAGAUGACUGACGUCACACACCCCAGAGUAAUUGUGACUAGCGUUCUUGCAGACAGACACCCUGGAGAACUGCAUCUGUUUCGUAAUUACGACCCACCAGCCCUGCAAAGAGACCCUCCGUACACAUCUACAGCCACAUUUCAACCCCUUACUGUGCCGCGAGGAUGGGAGGACGAAGAUCUUUUGGUAGUAGGAUAUACUCGACCCCCCAGAAAGCGUAGGAAGGUGACGGAUGAAGAGCAAUUAGUUUGGCGUGCUGCCCGCUCCAGUGGAGCUGCUCCUACGUACUUUCGACCAAUGGGCCGUUUUCUGGAUGGAGGGCUGCUGGCCAAUAACCCAACGCUAGAUGCCAUGGCAGAAAUACACCAGUACAACAAAGCCCUGAAGGCACAGGGCCGUGAAUCAGAGGUGUGCAGGUUAGGUGUGGUCGUCUCAUUGGGCACCGGUAAACCUCCUCAGGUGGCGGUCAACUCGGUGGACGUUUUCAGGCCUUCGAAUCCACUGGAGCUGGCCAAGAGCUUUGUUGGUGUCAGAGAACUGGGCAAGAUGCUUGUGGACUGUUGUACAGACUCAGAUGGGUGUGCAGUGGACCGAGCCCGAGCGUGGUGUGAGAUGGCCGAUAUAAACUAUCACAGGUUGAGUCCUCCGCUGUCUCAGGAGGUGAUGCUGGAUGAGGUCAGUGACGCUGUGCUAGUUGACAUGCUGUGGGAGACUCAGAUGUACCUGUACGAGCACAGAGAUGUCAUACAGACCCUCUGCCAGCAGCUGCUGCAGCUCUGACAACAGCUUCCAGACUGAGGCUGAUCAACAGGGUUUGGUGGCUUAAUAUGCAAUAAUGAAUCUGUUUACAUUAGUGUGUGUGUAUGUUGUUCUGACAUGUUCGAUUUAUUUAAAGGCAGAAUAUUCAUAAAAAUAUCUAUUUAAUUAUAACAUGCUUUCCCCAUAUGUCAUAAAAACCAAAUUGGACCAAGGUUAAUGCAGUAUAACAACAUACAUGAAGGAUUCAGAGUGUCAUUUUAUAGGAACUUCCACUACCCAAUCCAAUAUUUGAACUGUGAGAUAUUUUUAUAUUGCAUUACAUUUUAUGUAUGCUAAAUUGCUCAGUUAACAUGUUCUAUGUUUGACAUUUGCAUUAAGGUGAACUAAAAAGGAAGUGAGUAGGUGCUUCCGUUGAAGCAAUGUUUUUACUCAUUUAUCAAUAAAUAAUGAUUUAUCAAUUCAUUUUGUUCAUUUUAUCAUGUGUGACAUUUAUAGAGAAAUUGACACUUUUUCUGGAAUUUUCUUGUGAGAGUCAUGGGUCAAAGUAUAGCCACUGUGAUUGAAUACUGAGUACUUCCUUGCAUUUACUAUUUGUGUGUGCAUUUAUUUAUUUGCACUUGGAAAUGAUCUUCAUAGCGUUUCUGUGUGCUGUCUCUCGUGUGUUAUUUGCGAUAUGUAACCUUGCAUACUUGAACAUUUUUAAGCUGCAAGCCUGCAACUGAUAAAUUCUCUGUCUGUGAAGUGUAGAAAUUAUGAACUAAGAUAAUGUAUAAUAUACUGAUGUUUUUAACAACAGAUAUGCAUCAAGUAUAACUUGAAAACCUCUUGUAUUUCUCAUUAGCCUUGUUGUAUUUUUGUUUGGUUUAUUGAUAACAAAUUUACGGUUCAUUUUUCUACAAAAAACAUGGUGAUAACUUAACACUGGACCUACAGAUCUGUUGUUCAGAGACCAAAAUAUGCAUUUAUUCACUGUUUACGUAUAACCUGCUGCUGUGGUACUGAUUUGAAACCUUUUACUUAAGUGAUAUAAACUUGAAAUAAAAAGCACAGAUAAUUAUUCAAACUAGGAUUAGUU